CAGAGGUGGGUUGGCUUCUCCUCCCCCACCGGUUCGUGUUCAGGUUCUGGUUCGUGGGCGAGAGGGAAGAGAUGGCGGCGUCGGACGUUGAGUACCGUUGCUUCGUUGGCGGCCUCGCCUGGGCCACCGACGACCACUCCCUCAACAACGCCUUCAGCACCUACGGCGAGGUCCUCGAGUCGAAGAUCAUCCUGGAUCGGGAGACGCAGAGGUCCCGCGGCUUCGGCUUCGUCACCUUCUCCACGGAGGACGCGAUGCGCAGCGCCAUCGAGGGCAUGAACGGCAAGGAGCUCGACGGCCGCAACAUCACCGUUAACGAGGCCCAGUCCCGCGGCGGCCGUGGAGGCGGCGGUGGCGGAUACGGUGGCGGGCGCCGUGAUGGAGGCGGCUACGGCGGUGGCGGUGGAGGCUACGGCGGUGGUCGUGGAGGCUACGGCGGCGGUGGGGGAUACGGUGGUGCAAACCGCGGCGGCGGCUACGGCAACAACGACGGGAACUGGAGGAACUGAGCGGUGGGGUCCGCUGAGGCCUAGUUAUCUUGUUCGCUUCUGCUACCGUGUUCACCCUAGUCUAGAGGGGGUUUAUCUUCGUCUGUGGUCGUCUCGUGUCCGUAUGUUUCGUUUCGUGUUCGUUGUUGUUGUUGCCCAUCUGUGUUUUUGACCGCAAGCUCGCUCCUCUGAUGUUGUUAGUGAUGUCUACAAUCGUCCAAUCCCGAGCCUGCAUUGAGCUCCACCGAUUAUCUUAUCUGGCUAUACCUACAGUUGUGCA